UUAACUCUGAUCAGUGCUUUGUUCGUUUUGUAGGUGGAUGAGUGUUUGGUCGCAUUCGUCGCAUUUGACGUUUGACGUAAAUUUUCGUCGUUAUCGAGUGAUUCACCGUAACCCGAUGCAAUUUGUAACCCGCAGUCAACAACAAGUGUACCCAUUGUCUUUGGUGUGAGCAUUAACGGAGUACAGAACUCCUAGGCGAACAAAUAUCGUCCAGAAUUUCCGCAUUCACAAAUUAAGACAAAGAAUGCCUAUUCUCUACAGCGUCGUGGCCCGUGGGCCAACCGUGCUCGCCAAGCAUGCGGCGCGCACUGGAAACUUUGCCGAAGUGACGGAACGGAUUUUGGCAAAAAUACCUCCGCACAAUGACAAGCUGACUUACACACAAGGGCCGUACCUCUUCCACUACAUGUGCGAUAACAGGAUCAUAUACAUGUGCAUCACGGAUGAUGAAUUUCAACGGUCGCGUGCAUUCUUAUACUUGAAUGAAAUUCAGAGACGAUUUGAAGCAGCUUAUGGACAUGGAGCUCAAACUGCUCUAGCCUAUGCAAUGAACUCUGAGUUUUCGAGGGUGCUGGCCAAUGAAAUGAAACACUACAGCGAGUCCAAAGAUAUCGAUGCACUAUCCAAAGUGCAUGGGGAACUCGAUGAACUCAAAGACAUUAUGGUGAAGAAUAUUGAUAACGUUGCGGCACGAGGAGAAAGACUAGAAUUACUCAUAAACAAAACUGAGAACUUGACUGCUAGCGUUGUAAUAUACUUUGUUGUGGCUAUGGCUUGCGGAGGUCUCGCAUGGCAGAAGUGCGUCGGUAAUUGAAGAUAUUACAGACAAUUUUAAAUUUGGAUUGUAUGAAAUCAGUGCAGGUAUCCUUGACCAAUGAAUGAACAUGUUAAGCGUUGUCGCAGACAUUGGCCAAAUUAUUUAAGGUACUCAAACAAUGAAUCUGUUGCACUGUUUUUUGAUGAAAAUUUCUUCACAUCAUGGCAGGGGGUAAGGAGUAGGAAAGGGGGAAAAGAGGAGGAGGGCUAUAUUUGUUAUUGAUCUAACUGAUAAAUUCAUUUAAUAAAAAUUACCUCUGUAUAUUUUAUAUAAUUUUUUUUCUAUAUUGUUAUUACUGGCUGCAUCACCUGUUAAGAUGUAUGCUGAAAAAAAAUCAUCAUAAACGUCUAAAAGUAUUACGUUUCGAAUAUUGGCCACAAGAUUCAAUGCUUAUUGUGAUAUAACAACCAUCUAUUUUGUUUCUGAUAGCAGGAAAUUUGAGAAACCGUGAAUUUAUGUCUUUCAACAAUUGUUAAUAGAUAGUAAAGGGGAAUGAAAACUUGAACGGAAGAAAUGAACUGGAUACCUGUUCCCUUUUACAAGGUGGCAAUAAAGGUAUAUUAUGAUGUAAUGUACAUAUAUAUGUAGGUAAUAAUUAAUUUUGUUAAUUUCGCAUUAUUUUACUGCUGUAAUUAUCAUAUCAUAAGCAUAUAUGCUCAAAGACAAGUAAUUGCUCCCUAUAUAAACAUUUUAAGCGAUAUUUCAUGCAGUACAGGGUGGUCGGUUUUAACUAUCCCGGGCAAAUAUCUCAUAGACAAAAAGAGA